GAGCAGAAAACAUGAAAAUCAUUCUAGUCUUUCUAUUCAUUGCCCCACUUGCUCUCUCAGCUAGAGCUGAGAAGGAUUAUUCCUCCUUUGAUUCUGCUGCAUCUCCCGAGACAAAAUCAAGAUUUGCCAUGUUGGACGAUGUACGAAUCUUAGCCAAUGGACUCCUCCAGCUUGGGCAUGGUCUUAAAGACUUUGUCCAUAAGACAAAGGGGCAGAUGAAUGACAUCUUUCAAAAACUUUACAUUUUUGAUAGGUCCUUCUAUGAGCUCUCACUGCAAACUAGUGAAAUCAAAGAAGAAGAAGAACAGCUCAGACAAACUACAGCCAGACUGCAAAUCAACAAUGAAGAGAUAAAGAAUCUCUCACAGGAGAUGAAUUCAAAGAUUGAAGACCUCAUACAAAACAAAAUCCAGCUGCAAGAAAAAGUAUGGGGACUGGAGGACAAAGUCACUAAACUGGCCACUAUCCAGCCUUCAGUGCAAGAGACAAAAGACAUUUCUUCACUCAAAGCUUUCGUGGAGCAGCAGGACAACCACAUCAAGCAACUUCUCAAAAUCGUAGAGGACCAGCAUGUGCAACUCGACAGACAGAACAAUCAAAUAAUGGAGCUGGAGGACAAGCUAAACCACAUAGAGCUCCAAGAACUUGCACAGGACUCCUUCACGGGAGAGCAAACAGAACCAGAGGCCACCCCCUUCCCUGUGCACAACGCCACGGCUGUAACACACAGAUCCGACGGUGCUGCUCCUGACUGCACUGCUCUUUAUAACAGCGGCAUGCCGUCCAGUGGUGUUUACACUAUUAAGCCCAAUGGCUCAGAAGCUUUUGAUGUCUACUGUGAAAUGAAAUUUGGCAGUUCCUGGACUGUAAUCCAGAACAGAGUGGAUGGAUCACUAGAUUUCAACCAAACCUGGGAUGCCUAUACAAACGGUUUUGGCGACCUCAAUGAGGAAUUCUGGCUAGGCCUGAACAAGACCUAUUCCAUUACUAAACAAGGGGACUACAUCUUACGGAUUGAGCUGCAGGACUGGAAGGAUAAUAAACGUCACGUCGAGUAUGCAUUCAGCCUGGGAGGCCCCGAAACAGACUACACUCUACAGCUUUCACGGAUCUCCGGGAGCAUUCCCAAUGCCCUGCCAGAGCAGACAGAACUGCAGUUCUCAACUGCAGACCAUGAGGUGGACAUAAGAAAUGACUUCAACUGUCCAGAAAACUACCUAGGAGGCUGGUGGCACAGUGAAUGUGAGGAAACCAAUCUUAACGGGAAAUACAUCACACCAAGGUCAAGAGGAAGACUAGACAGAAGAAAAGGCUUAUACUGGAAGCCUAAGAAAGGAAGAUACUACUUGCUCAAGUCAACCAAAAUAAUGAUACACCCAACGGAUUUAAAAAGUUUUGACUGAAUGCUUAACCUGAUGCAUCUUAAUUCAGAACACAUAUACUGAACAUUACUACAUCAAAGAAGUUCAUGUUAUCUUUAAGAACAGAUGCACGUCUAUAUCCAUACAAUGUACGGUGUAUUCUCCAGUACAUAAACCUGAGGCA